GCCCUACGUCACAUCCCAUCUCGGAUGCAAACCCAAAUAAAUAAAUCUUGGUGCUUCGGCCCCCUGCUGGAGCUCUACCUGUGAAACAGAGAAAGGAACAAGCCUCCUCUGAUUUUUUAAUUUCCCCUCUGCAGGAUGUCUUUCCCUUCCUCUUUUGGUAUGCAGGUGGCAGCUAUUAUGGAUGUGUUGGCGAAGGCUGCAGUCGCAGAAAUAACGAAGCUGGUGGAUGACGGGAUCGUGUCUCUGCGCCUGGAGAUGUGUCGGAGGGACAGCGAGCUUCAGGAGCUCAAAAGAAGUUUAAAAUCGAUGGAGGUUGAACUCUGUAAUGCUCAAGAAGCAGCCACAACCCGAGCUAAAGAGGGCAAACAGGAGCAGACACCAUCAGGGAUUCAGGUGCCAAGUAAAGAUGAAGAAGACCAGGAAAGGCCUGCAGUGUAUCUGGAACCGAACCCUGGUGAUUCACUCUGCGAGCCCCAACUUGGAACAGAAGAGAUCAAUAACAUGAGGCCAGUGGUGAAAUGUGAGCCAGCAGAUGAACUUGCCACCCAGGAAACAACUGACAACAUUGCAACAGCAGCCAAUAACUCCUGCUUUGAUGCUGGAGAGCCAGACGAUCAGAUCUGGCCUCCUCCUGCUUGUAGCAUGUUUGAGGAAAGCUCAGUUGAAGCAGUGCACGCAAUGCAGCAGCAAAUACCGAUUUUCUCCUCUCACCCCGAACAAUUUGCUGCUCACAGAAACACAGAAAAUUCCUAUAAUUCUUCAUCGACCGCAGUAGAAGAAUUUGCAGAUGAUUCCUUAAGCGUGCCGAUAAAAGUAGAGGUUGAGAUGCGACCUAUGUGCAUGGGAAGCACCGCUUCAGAGUCUGUUCAUAGCGAGCCGUUCAGACAUGUUUCACAGCCCGCAGUCAGUCAGUCUAUUUCACGACAGGCGGGGCCGUCACUAGCCACGCCUAACGUGCAGAGGACGGUGGGAAUGUCGGGAUCAAACGCAGAAGAUCACAUCCUCAGUAGAAACAACUAUAGAGCAAAAAGGCUACUGAAUGUGUGGAGAGCAAAUCAGAAACUGUUCAUCUGCUCGGUCUGCAACAAAGGUUUCGCCCGCUUGUCCCAGCUGGAGGAGCACAAGAUCACCCACGAACCCUUCAAACCUUUCAGGUGCCUCGAAUGCGGGAAAUCUUUUACCCAGAAGACCCGGCUGAAAACGCACCAACGCGUGCACACGGGAGAGAGACCGUUUAGUUGCAAAAUCUGCGGCAAGAUGUUUUCGAGGCAGGACAACUGCCUGAGACAUGAGCGUUUCCACAGCGGGGUGAAGCCAUACAGCUGCGGGCAGUGUAGUAAAAGCUUCACAGUGCUGGGUAACCUCAAAAUACAUCUAGAGACUCACCUGCACGGACGAUAUUGUUACGAACGACGCCUCGUUUGGGGUGGUCACGUGAUUUUUGGCGUGGUAAAGCGAGGCAUCGAAACAUCUUUCCGCUGUUGCUUUGUAAGGUCGAUACAGUGUCGAGUGGUCCGCUUCGAGCGUAACAUCAUCAGCGGCACCAACUUGCAGCCUCAGCGCCGCGUCAGAGUUCAGGCUUCUCAGUCACUCGGUUGCUUUAUAAUAAUGUUGAGCAGCGUUGCUCUGCGGACUCAAAUUGCCUCCAUUAUCGAUGCCCUGUCCAAAGCAGCCGUGGCAGAAAUCUCCAAAGUUGUGGAGGAUGGUGAGGUGGUGUUGCGGCUGGAGAUGUGCCAGCGUGAAAACGAGAUCAAGAAGCUGAAGAGCAACAUCGAGCUUUUGCACAGCGAGCUGAGAGCAGCGCAAGAGAGGGUGACCCAGCGACCUGCAACACACAGGAGAGAUGAUGGUCAGAGCGUCACUGGGGAGGAGAGGACUUUGCUGGAAAAGGUGCACGCUGAUAAGGACCAAAACAGCCUGUCGAUACCUGAGGUGCAGGUGAAAUGCGAACCUGUGGAAGAGGGAGGUGAAGAGGCCAGAGGACAACCCGGCCAGCUGGGAGAAGAGCUGGGUUUGUAUGAGAGGGACCUUGCACAGUGGAGACCAGCGACACAAACUGAGAUGGAACGCAACAACUCAGACGAUUUAAAUUUAGGGCAAAACUCCCAGCUGUGUCUUCCCGAAUCCUCUCUGGACACCGGACUAGCCGUGUCGUGCAGCAGCUCCGGUGGGUUCCAGCAAAGCCCGUUCAGCCGAGGGCUGCUGGGUUACAGUCAGUACCGUAACUUGUACAACACAGUACGGAGGAGGACGGUGAAGAGAUUAAUGUUUAAGAAAGGCUUCAUCUGUCCGUAUUGCGGUAAAUGUUUCGAGCGUGCCGGGCACCUCGAGAGGCAUAAAAGGAUUCACACCGGUGAGAAACCGUACCACUGCGAGAUAUGUGGGAGACGCUUCAAUCAGAAGUGUAGCCUCAAAGAGCACACAAAGAUUCACCGAAGAUGUAUUCAGCCAAGACCAGUUGAGAUCCAAGUGGCCGAACAGAAACCGGUUCCUGAGGAGAAGCCGGGUACUGAUACUCGUCACUCUGAGGGAGAGAGCCACAGCACUGCUGAGGAUGGCCUACCUAAGAUUGAGGACACUCCUCCAGCACCAGUACAGGUCAAAUCUGAGCCUAUGGAGGAAAAUAUAGCGCAACCACUAUUUCUUGGAGAAAACGGACAGAUAAGGGAAGGUGUAGAUGACCUCAGGGAGAACUUCACAGCAUUUGAGAGAGACAGCCAACAAUGGAUGUCCAGGUUACAAGGGCAAAACAACUCUGAGAUGAGUAGCACAGAAUAUCUGGGCAGUUCAGGACAGAAUAUAAUGUCCUUCCCAGGGAUGGCUCAGUUACUCCCACCACAAGUAGAGGCUUCCCAUAGCAACUUCCCCUUUCAGGGGAAACCGUUUGGGGAACUCAAAAACAGCAUGAUGUCCCAGCCACCGUAUGGGUCCUCAGAAACACUCCUGCUUCCAAGUGAAGCUGUUCACGCCGGCCUGCCUGGUCUGCAGGGGGACUCACUAGAUCACCAUCGACAGAGGAGAAGCAGGUCUUUCCAGGUGAUCAAACCAAAGAAAUGCUUCAUCUGCUCGUACUGUGGCAAGGUCUUUGAGCGUGGAGGGCACCUUGAGAGACAUUUACGAAUUCACACUGGGGAGAAGCCAUACGGCUGCCAUAUCUGUGGGAGGUGCUUCAAUCAGAAGAGUAGCCUCAAGGGCCACAUGAAGACGCACAGAAAUGGGGAGAACACAGAACUGCUGGAGGCACAUCACAUGAUGUUUACAAUGCCUGAUAAUCAACCGUUGGAGCACCUGGCAGAGCCCAAGACUGGACUGGCAGCUUUAGACGAACAGCUAUCCGGCUCCACGUACAACGAGACACUUUGCGAACAAGUGGUAAUGGUAAAGCUGGAGCCCGAUAGUAAAGAUUUUCAGACUCUAAGUCAGACAGGGAAUGAUGACGCCACAGCAGCACCAGACCAAAGUCAGCUAUGGACAACUGGGACAGAGAGGAGGGAUGAUGCCACUGAACAGUCUGUCUGUGUAUUUUUACAUGACGUUAAGUAUCACCUCAAUCCUGCUGCUGGAGCAGCAAAUGACCAGAGAGAAUAUAUAUCACCAUUCAAGGAUCUGCCUUUUCUAGACGACAAAGAAAAGGUGGAAAUGAUGCACAAUCCAUUAAUGGGAAUACAAUGUAGAAGCUCUGACAUGACUUUAGCACCUGAGCUGCGAGAUCAACAUGUUACACAAGAGGUGUCUGUGAAUGAGUACACAGCAGGGAGUGAUAGGACCCAGGAGGGAGGUGUAUUUGACUUUAAUAUGACUGACUCAGGCAACUGUGAGAAUAACUGCAGUGGAGAUGCCACCAGGCAAAACUGCUUUAUAUGCUCAACUUGUGGGAAAAGCUUUGACAGUUUCAGUUUAUUUCAAAAACACCAGUGUAAAAAUGUCACUGAGCAAUAAUUCAGCUGUGAGAUAUGUGGUAAGAUUUUGAAUCAGACGGACAUUUUGAAAUUGCACCUUAAAGAGGACCUAUUAUGUUCAUUUCCUACUCUAUAUUUUUCUUUUGUGACUCCACUAGAGUAGCUUUGUAUGAU